CACGUAUGUCUUGGGAGUGUGAUGCUUUGUCUACCAAUUGAAAAGUUUUGAAUCAUGGCUUGCGGAUCGUAGCAGACACAAAUGUUUAUUUUUCCAGUGUAAAAGUGUAUGCAUUUCUAAAAAAAAGUGCGCCACUGUGAUGGAAAAUACGGAUACGGCCAUACGCAAAGAGGAAGAAAGUGGAGGAGCCAUUGCUCUCCCAACGUCACCAAUGCUGAAUCCGUGUUCCUGCCCACAACCACAACAACUGGGAGUCCUGUCAACGGAUAUCCUGCUGGGGAUAUACCAUGGGCAGCCCACGUACAAGAAAUGGCUGGACGAAGGCGGAGACAUCAACGCCAUGCACGCCAUGGGCUACACCUUCGUCUUCAUGGUCUGCGCAGGAGGUCACUCGCUCAUCCUGCAAGACCUCCUAGAAAUACAGAACCUGCACCUGAACCUAAUCAACAGAUGGGGCAUGACCCCCCUAAUGGGCGCGGUGAAAUGGGGCCACGAUGAAUGCGCUCGGCUCUUGCUCACCACCAAGCAUUCCUGCCAGUUGGACCUGACCGUCAAGGACAAGGAGGGCCUGACCGCGCUCUCCCUCGCGGCCCGGGAGAAACGCUGGAACAUCAUCCCUCUCCUCCUCAAGCCCCACGUGCGCUACGACGCAGACACCAUCGACUUCACCCUCUACAGAGUCGUGGACGGAGGCCUGUGGGAAGUGGUCACCACGCUGCUGGAGGAGCACGACAACCUCAGCCAAGAAGCGAUUACCAGGGUCCUCUUUAGGGCUACGAGGGAAAAUAAUGUUCAGGUGGUGAGGAUAAUAGUGGAGAAACACAUCCACCUGUGCAGAUACGAGGACUUGGUUACGGCAAGGAUACUGGCGGAGGACUACAAGUACAUGGAUAUUGAAAGACUUCUCCUGGGAGCGAGGACGCGAAGUCUCGAUUUCCUCUUGAACCUGAGCAUGUCUAUGGGUCUGCCUCCAGAAAUGAGUCUUCCUGUGACUCAGACCUGGGACAGCAGAAUCAUAUUAGAUACCCCCCCUGCGCACAUGCCGCUGAAUAUACUGCCUCCAGUGAAUCAGGACGGCUUGCUGACCCUGAACGUGCGGCCCGUAAAGACCCCCGUGCCCCCCGGCCCCGACGUGUACGACACCACCGCCACCCCCCGGGGCCUCGUCCUCAUCCUCAACUACAACAGAUUCCACAACCAGCCUCACAUGACCCGCGAAGGUUCCCACGCCGACAUAGCAAACUUAAAGAACCUGUGUUCCCAGAUGGGCUACGAAGAGCUUGUGCACUGUGACCUUACCAAGAGGCAGACGAUCGCCGCUCUGACGCGCUUCAGGAAUCAGGAGCGCCUGAAGAGCGUUGGCUGCGCUCUCGUGGCCAUCAUGAGCCACGGCAUCGGCACUCACACCUUCUACAGCUCUGACAUGGAGAGCAUCUCGGUCAACGAAGUGCAGAAUCUCUUCCUUGACCAACAGUGUCCGAACCUGAGGAACAAACCGAAGAUUUUCCUCUUCAACUUCUGCCGGGGAAUAAACAUUCCCGCGCCGAUGGAGACAGACGCGGUUCGGGAGCCGCCAAGAAACAUGAUCUGCCUCUACUCCACGACAGAGUCCUUCUUGUCCUACCGCGACAAAGUGCGCGGGUGCCCCUUCAUCAUCGCCAUCUGCGAAGUGCUUGCCAACCACGCGCACGAGAUGGAUCUGGACAACUUGAUACGCGUCUUCCAGGGCAAAUACCUCGCGAACGCGACGCCCGAGAUUCAGAACCUCGGCUUCUAUAAGAGGUUUUUCUUCAAUCCAAUUGGGAGGCGAUGAAAAUUAAAUGCGGCCUUAUUUUCACGAGCAGUGUUAAACACACACACACACACACACACACACACACACACACACACACACACACACACACACACACACACACACACACACACACACACACACACACACACACACAUACGGGCUAAUUGUGGUCUGCAGAAUGGCAAAAAAAUUCUCCGCAGACCAAGAGAAGCCUUCGGGACGGCCAUAAAUGGCCUUUGAGAUGGUCUUAAAUGACCCACGGGGUGACGAAAAGAACUUGUGAAAUUAUGAUCGUCAUUAAGGUAAAUAUAUAGCUGAUAUAGAGACAGAAAAAAUGAAUAUAGCCUUUAUUAUAUAAUUACAAUAAUUUCAUUUAUAUUACUAUUGCUAGCAAUACCGCUAUUAAAAGGGAAAGAUGCAAAUAGCUAUUACAAAUUAAUUUUCACAAGUAAAAUCAUCUUUACGUACAGGUUUUAAUAACGUAAUUCUUGGAAACCAGGUAUUUACCGUUGUUGGCCCUCAAGACUGUUGCUGGAAUGAAAAUUGGAUUGUGGGGUUCACACGCCUGCUUUCAGGAAACGUUUCCUAAAUAAAUGUUUAUGGGAACGACACGAAGCAAGACUGAUUGAUAAAGGUUACUAGUCCAAUUUACGGUAGAAAUAUUAGCUAUGCAGUAUCCUGGCUAAAUUAAAGUAAUAUUUUUCUUUAUAUUUGGGUCUUUCGUGUCAUUAAGCGCAUUCGUAAGGGAUGGAACGAUGAAAUUCACUGUAUUUUAAUUAUUUUCCCAAGAGUUAAGAAAAAGACACAGCGGGAGAGCAGUAAAAUCAGAAUAUAAAAAUAACCUUGCCAUAAUACUACUGUCAUUGGAUGUAUGCAAAUGGCUCUAAAUAUAACUCUGCAUGAGGCUAUGGAAUGUAAUUUCGUUGGAUUAGCUUGAUUGGUAAGAGGUAUAAGGAUUAUGUAGAAGUUAAUUUAAAAAAAUCAUAGGGCAGUGGUUCCUUUAAGAAUCCGAUGAAAGCUACGUACCCCCUUCCCCAGAAAUAUUCACAUAAACAUAACACUGCAUGGAAGGUGCAUAAUGUAGUUUAUUUACUGAUAUUUGAUUGCCUCCUACAUAUAUGAGAUACACAAAGCAUUAUUAAACUUUCAUGUAAACGAUGUAAAAUUCACUUAUGCAAAGAGUAUAGCGAAUAUAA